CCAAACACGGCGGCAGCAGCCAAGCUUCUGGAGGGAAAGAUCUGGAAGGGGAGUGACUCUUCGGCUGAAUCUCGCCCAGGGAUCGGGAGUGGGAGUGGGGUUAGCAACAGCGGGACCGGUGACUCAACAAACCCCAACCGGUCAACCUGCUUCGGGGCGACCCAGAUCCCCACGAAGACCCCCAAUAUUUCUGCUCUCAACCCCCCCACCACCACCCAGGGGAUACAGCAACAAGCUAGCAGCAGCACCCUGUACAAGUCGAACCAGACACAACCUUCUAAUAUCAAUGGUCUGUACCAAUCAACCCAGGCACAACAACUUGCUAAUAUCAACAGUGUGUACCAGCCGACCCAGGGGCAGCCACCCAGCGUGAGUGCCCUCAACAGCCUGAACCAUCAGGAUCAACAGAGCCAGCUGUCCCACCCCUCCGCCCCCCCUCCCAACCACAGCUCCUCUCACCGCUCAGGCUCAGGUGUGACCUCACAGCGCGUGAAGCGAAGCUCAGAGAGAACUGGCAGACACCUGUCACAACAGGUGAGUCCUCAGGUUUCUGUGUAGGUGUGUGUGUGUGGCAGGUGUUUGUGUGCAGGGCAGCGUAGAGGAUUUGGAUAAAGCUUCAAGACAUUUACUCUGUUGCUCAGUGUUUUGGUGUUGACUUCCUACAUAGUAAGAUCUGGUUUUCUUUUAGUUUUACUCUUCCUCCUUGGAAUUCCCCCAUAAACUGCCUUUCUAUUGCUGUUGUCUCAAGAUCUCUGUGGAAUGCCAGGGUUUUAUCCACUAGAGAGAGAGAACACUUCCUCUCCUCUCCUCUCCUCUCCUCUCCUCUCCUCUCCUCUCCUCUCCUCUCCUCUCCUCUCCUCCUCUCCUCUCCUCUCCUCUCCUCUCCUCUCCUCUCCUCUCCUCUCCUCUCCUCUCCUCUCCUCUCCUCUCCUCUCUUCUCCUCAUCCUCUCCUCAUCCUCUCCUCAUCCUCUCCUCUCCUCUCCUCUCCUCAUCCCCUCCUCUUCUUCUAUCUUCUACCCUCUUCUUUCGCUCUGUUUUCCUUUCAUAUCCACACCUACACUGUUUUCAGAAUAACUAGUCCUUUAACACAGGCUGUUUUCAGAAUAACUAGUCCUUUAACAGGCUGUUUUCAGAAUAACUAGUCCUUUAACACAGGCUGUUUUCAGAAUAACUAGUCCUUUAACACAGGCUGUUUUCAGAAUAACUAGUCCUUUAACACAGGCUGUUUUCAGAAUAACUAGUCCUUUAACACAGGCUGUUUUUCAGAAUAACUAGUCCUUUAACACAGGCUGUUUUCAGAAUAACUAGUCCUUUAACACAGGCUGUUUUCAGAAUAACUAGUCCUUUAACACAGGCUGUUUUCAGAAUAACUAGUCCUUUAAAACAGACUGUUUUCAGAAUAACUAGUCCUUUAAAACAGACUGUUUUCAGAAUAACUAGUCCUUUAAAACAGACUGUUUUUAAAAGGAUAAUUGAGUUUAAAAGGAUAAUACAGCCAUUUGGGCUGUAUCCCAAAUGGCACCCUAUACCCUGGGGGGGGGGGAAGCAUUAUGACCCAGAGGGAGGGGAAGCAUUAUUACAGAUGGAGGUAGUGAACGAUAGAGGGAGUGAAGGAGAGAUGGAGGGAGGUAGUGAACGAUAGAGGGAGUGAAGGAGAGAUGGAUGGAUGGAGGUAGUGAACGAUAGAGGGAGUGAAGGAGAGAUGGAUGGAUGGAGGUAGUGAACGAUAGAGGGAGUGAAGGAGAGAUGGAGGGAGGUAGUGAACGAUAGAGGGAGUGAAGGAGAGAUGGAUGGAUGGAGGUAGUGAACGAUAGAGGGAGUGAAGGAGAGAUGGAUGGAUGGAGGUAGUGAACGAUAGAGGGAGUGAAGGAGAGAUGGAUGGAUGGAGUAGUGAACGAUAGAGGGAGUGAAGGAGAUGGGAUGGAUGGAGGUAGUGAACGAUAGAGGGAGUGAAGGAGAGAUGGAUGGAGGUAGUGGAACGAUAGAGGGAGUGAAGGAGAGAUGGAGGGAGGUAGUGAACGAUAGAGGGAGUGAAGGAGAGAUGGAGGAGGUAGUGACGAUAGAGGGAGUGAAGGAGAGAUGGAUGGGCAGGUAGUGAAGAUGGAGGGAGUGAAGGAAGGAUGGAUGGAGGUAGUGAACGAUAGAGGGAGUGAAGGAAGGAUGGAUGGAGGUAGUGAACAAUAGAGGGAGUGACGGAGAGAUGGAUGGAAGUAGUGAACGAUAGAGGGAGUGAAGGAGAGAUGGAUGGAGGGUAGUGAACGAUAGAGGGAGUGAAGGGAGAGAUGGAUGGAAGUAGUGAACGAUUAGAGGGAGUGACGGAGAGAUGGAUGGGAGGUAGUGAACGAUUAGAGGGAGUGGAAGGAGAGAUGGUAUUGGCAAGUAGUUGAACGAUAGAGGGGUGAAGGAGAGAUGGAUGGAGGUAGUGAACGAUAGAGGGAGUAGUGAAGGAGAGAUGGAUGGAAGUAGUGAAAACCCGAUAGAGGGAGUGAAGGAUAGGAUGGAUGGAGGUAGGUAGGAACGAUAGAGGGAGUGAAGGAGAGAUGGAGGGAGGUAGUGGAACGAUAUAGUGAGUGAAGGAGAGUGGAUGGAGGUAGUGAAAGAUGGAGGGAGUGGAGUGAAGGAGAGAUGGAUGAGGUAGUGAAGAGAGGGAGGCAAGGAAGAUGGAUGGAUGGAGGUCGGUAGUGGAGUGAAAAAUGGGAGGGAGUUGAAGGAGAGAUGCGAUUGGGAGGGAGGUGGUGAAAGAUAGAGGGAGUGAAGGAGAGAUGGAUGGAGGUAGUUGGACGAUAGAGGGAGGAAGGAGAGCUGGAUGGAGGUAGUGAACGAUAUGAGGGAGUGAAGGAGAGAUGGAGGGAGGUAGUGAACGAUAGAGGGAGUGAAGGAUAGAUGGAUGGAGGUAGUGAAGAUGGAGGUAGUGAAGGAGAGAUGGAUGGAGGUAGUGAAAGAUGGAGGGAGUGAAGGAGAGAUGGAGGGAGGUAGUGAAACGAUAGAGGGAGUGAAGGAGAGAUGGAUGGAAGUGGUGAAAGAUGGAGGGAGUGAAGGAGAGAUGGAUGGAGGUAGUGAACGAUAGAGGGAGUGAAGGAAAGGAUGGAUGGAGGUAGUGAAAGAUGGAGGGAGUGAAGGAGAGAUGGAUGGAGGUAGUGAACGAUAGAGGGAGAGAUGGAUGGAGGUAGUGAACGAUAGAGGGAGUGAAGGAGAGAUGGAGGAAGGUAGUGAAUGAUAGAGGGAGUGAAGGAGAGAUGGAUGGGAUGGAGGUAGUGAACGAUAGAGGGAGUUGAAGGAGAGAUGGAGGGAGGUAGUGAACGAUAUAGGGAGUGAAGGAGAGAUGGAGGGAGGUAGUGAACGAUAGAGGGAGUGAAGGAGAGAUGGAUGGAGGUAGUGAACGAUAGAGGGAGUGAAGGAGAGAUGGAUGGAGGUAGUGAAAGAUGGAGGGAGUGAAGGAGAGAUGGAGGGAGGUAGUGAACGAUAGAGGGAGUGAAGGAGAUAUGGAUGGAAGUGGUGAAAGAUGGAGGGAGUGAAGGAGAGAUGGAUGGAGGUAGUGAACGAUAGAGGGAGUGAAGGAAGGAUGGAUGGAGAUAGUGAACAAUAGAGGGAGUGACGGAGAGAUGGAUGGAAGUAGUGAACGAUAGAGGGAGUGAAGGAGAGAUGGAUGGAGGUAGUGAACGAUAGAGGGAGUGAAGGAGAGAUGGAUGGAAGUAGUGAACGAUAGAGGGAGUGAAGGAGAGAUGGAUGGAGGUAGUGAACGAUAGAGGGAGUGAAGGAGAGAUGGAUGGAAGUAGUGAACGAUAGAGGGAGUGAAGGAGAGAUGGAUGGAGGUAGUGAACGAUAGAGGGAGUGAAGGAGAGAUGGAUGGAAGUAGUGAACGAUAGAGGGAGUGAAGGAGAGAUGGAUGGAGGUAGUGAACGAUAGAGGGAGUGAAGGAGAGAUGGAGGGAGGUAGUGAACGAUAGAGGGAGUGAAGGAGAGAUGGAUGGAGGUAGUGAAAGAUGGAGGGAGUGAAGGAGAGAUGGAUGGAGGUAGUGAACGAUAGAGGGAGUGAAGGAAAGAUGGAUGGAUGGAGGUAGUGAAAGAUGGAGGGAGUGAAGGAGAGAUGGAUGGAGGUAGUGAACGAUAGAGGGAGUGAAGGAGAGAUGGAUGGAGGUAGUGAACGAUAGAGGGAGUGAAGGAGAGAUGGAGGGAGGUAGUGAACGAUAGAGGGAGUGAAGGAGAGAUGGAUGGAGGUAGUGAACGAUAGAGGGAGUGAAGGAGAGAUGGAGGGAGGUAGUGAACGAUAGAGGGAGUGAAGGAGAGAUGGAUGGAGGUAGUGAAAGAUGGAGGGAGUGAAGGAGAGAUGGAUGGAGGUAGUGAAAGAUGGAGGGAGUGAAGGAGAGAUGGAGGGAGGUAGUGAACGAUAGAGGGAGUGAAGGAGAGAUGGAUGGAAGUGGUGAAAGAUGGAGGGAGUGAAGGAGAGAUGGAUGGAGGUAGUGAACGAUAGAGGGAGUGAAGGAAGGAUGGAUGGAGGUAGUGAAAGAUGGAGGGAGUGAAGGAGAGAUGGAUGGAGGUAGUGAACGAUAGAGGGAGAGAUGGAUGGAGGUAGUGAACGAUAGAGGGAGUGAAGGAGAGAUGGAGGAAGGUAGUGAAUGAUAGAGGGAGUGAAGGAGAGAUGGAUGGAUGGAGGUAGUGAACGAUAGAGGGAGUGAAGGAGAGAUGGAGGGAGGUAGUGAACGAUAGAGGGAGUGAAGGAGAGAUGGAGGGAGGUAGUGAACGAUAGAGGGAGUGAAGGAGAGAUGGAUGGAGGUAGUGAACGAUAGAGGGAGUGAAGGAGAGAUGGAUGGAGGUAGUGAAAGAUGGAGGGAGUGAAGGAGAGAUGGAGGGAGGUAGUGAACGAUAGAGGGAGUGAAGGAGAGAUGGAUGGAAGUGGUGAAAGAUGGAGGGAGUGAAGGAGAGAUGGAUGGAGGUAGUGAACGAUAGAGGGAGUGAAGGAAGGAUGGAUGGAGGUAGUGAAAGAUGGAGAGAGUGAAGGAGAGAUGGAUGGAGGUAGUGAACGAUAGAGGGAGAGAUGGAUGGAGGUAGUGAACGAUAGAGGGAGAGAUGGAUGGAUGGAGGUAGUGAAAGAUGGAGAUAGUGAAGGAGAGAUGGAUGAAUGGAGGUAGUGAAAGAUGGAGGGGAGUCUAUAGGAAACAGCAGGGAAGCCCCCAGGAGGCCAGGCUUCCCUGAAGCUGAUGAUUAGCAUUCUGAAAGGGCAUAGCAUGCUCCUGCUGUGGUCUGGCCUGGGAGAUAGAAUAUACCUGUGUCCAAAAUGGGACCCUAUUCCCUAUAUAGACCAGGGCUCUGGUCAAAAGCAGUGCACUAUGUAGGGUGCAAUUUGGUAUGGAGCCACAGACAGGAAGGGUGCUCAACGAGGUGUAUCUGAGAAGAGAUUGAGGAGACAACAACCUUGACUUACUUAAUGUACCAUAAACAUAUCAUCUGGACUGCUGAUAAAGCAUUAGCUAUGCAGCUAUGCUAACUCAGGUGCAGUACCUACUGUAUGUUAUGUUGUGCCUGGUCCCAGAUAAAGAAAUGAAUCCUAUACCUUUAACCCCAAAUUAUACUGUACAACUACAGUCGUGGUCAAAAGUUUUGAGAAUGACACAAAUACUAAUUUUCACAAAGUCUGCUGCCUCAGUUUUGAUGAUGGCAAUUUGCAUAUACUCCAGAAUGUCAUGAAGAGUGAUCAGAUGAAUUGCAAUUAAUUGCAAAGUCCCUCUUUGUAAUGAAAAUGAAUUUAAUCCCCCAAAAAACACAUUUCCACUGCAUUUCAGCCCUGCCACAAAAGGACCAGCUGCCAUCAUGUCAGUGAUUCUCUCAUUAACACAGGUGAGAGUGUUGACGAGGACAGGGCUGGAGAUCACUCUGUCAUGCUGAUUGAGUUAGAAUAACAGACUGGAAGCUUUAAAAGGAGGGUGGUGCUUGAAAUCAUUGUUCUUCCUCUGUUAACCAUGGUUACCUGCAAGGAAACAUGUGCCGUCAUCAUUGCUUUGCACAAAAAGGGCUUCACAGGCAAGGAUAUUGCUGCUAGUAAGAUUGCACCUAAAUCAACCAUUUAUCGGAUCAUCAAGAACUUCAAGGAGAGAGGUUCAAUUGUUGUGAAGAAGGCGUGUAUAGGGCACCCAAGAAAGUCCAGCAAGCGCCAGGACCGACUCCUAAAGUUGAUUCAGCUGCGGGAUCGGGGCACCACCAGUGCAGAGCUUGCUCAGGAAUGGCAGCAGGCAGGUGUGAUUGCAUCUGCACGCACAGUGAGGUGAAGACUUUUGGAGGAUGGCCUGGUGUCAAGAAGGGCAGCAAAGAAGCCACUUCUCUCCAGGAAAAACAUCAGGGACAGACUGAUAUUCUGCGAAAGGUACAGGGAUUGGACUGCUGAGGACUGGGGUAAAGUCAUUUUCUCUGAUGAAUCCCCUUUCCGAUUGUUUGGGGCAUCCGGAAAACACCUUGUCCGGAGAAGACAAGGUGAGCGCUACCAUCAGUCCUGUGUCAAGCCAACAGUAAAGCAUCCUGAGACCAUUCAUGUGUGGGGUUGCUUCUCAGCCAAGGGAGUGGGCUCACUCACAAUUUUGCCUAAGAACACAGCCAUGAAUAAAGAAUGGUACCAACACAUCCUCCGAGAGCAACUUCUCCCAACCAUCCAAGAACAGUUUGGUGACGACCAAUGCCUUUUCCAGCAUGAUGGAGCACCUUGCCAUAAGGCAAAAGUGAUAACUAAGUGGCUCGGGGAACAAAACAUCGACAUUUAGGGUCCAUGGCCAGGAAACUCCCCAGACCUUAAUCCCAUAGAGAACGUGUGGUCAAUCCUCAAGAGGCGGGUGAACAAACAAAAACCCACAAAUUCUGACAAACUCCAAGCAUUGAUUAUGCAAGAAUGGGCUGCCAUCAGUCAGGAUGUGGCCCAGAAGUUAAUUGACAGCAUGCCAGGGCGGAUUGCAGAGGUCUUGAAAAAGAAGGGUCAACGCUGCAAAUAUUGACUCUUUGCAUAAACUUAAUGUAAUUGUCAACAAAAGCCUUUGACACUUAUGGAAUGCUUGUAAUUAUACUUCAGUAUACCAUAGUAACAUCUGACAAAAAAUAUCUCAUAACACUGAAGCAGCGAACUUUUGUGAAGACCAAUACUUGUGUCAUUCUCAAAACUUUUGACCGUAACUGUACACUAUGCUGUCUAGUCAAAGUCAUUUAAAAAGCAGGUUAUUCUGAAGCUAGUGCUAUGCCAGCCUUACCAACACAAAAACGCCUCUGCAGAGAUUUAAUUUCAAACCAACCUCAGGGCUCUACACUGACCUUUUUUUACAAGGAGCACAUCUGUGCCUAAAAUGAAAAAUGUAGGCACACACAAAGGAAUUCAGGAGCACAAUGAAAAUAUAUUUUAGGUAUUGAAGCUAGCAUCCUUAAUUCUUCUAGGCGCCCUGGUACUCCUAAAUACAAAAUUCCAGGUCGCACAGCAAAAUAUUUAGGCAUAUAUGUGAGUAAAAGCCCUGCACCCUACUUCUGUGACUGUUGCCAGCUGACCUACCCUUUAAGAUAAUUAGUUUGAUUAAAUUGAAUCGUCAUUGCUCUACCCUGCAAUUAUACACAUCAGGGAGGGAGAGAAUCAUGUUGAUGAGGGCGGUCCAGAGCGCCCCUCUAUCUCUCUGUUGAUCCCUCACAUGAUGAUGAUGAUGGUGAGUCACUCUGUAGAGUCAGUUAUAUAACAGAACCCCUCGUCUCUCUUUCUGUUCUCUCUUUCUCUCUCGUUCCCGAUCCCCCUCUCUCUCUUUCUGUCUUUGUCUCUCCGUCUCUCUCGUUCUCUCUCUCCCAUCUCCCUCUCUUUUAUCUGCCUGAGAGCUCCUUCCUCUUCACUGAACAGGUAACACUCUUUCACAUCGCUGUGCCAAUAAUAGCAGACAAGCCUGGUCCUGCAUGCCCUCCCUCCCUCCGUCCCUCCCUCCCUCCCUCCCUCCCUCCCUAACCUCCCUCCCUCCCUCCCUAACCUCCCUCCCUCCCUCCCUCCCUAACCUCCCUCCCUCCCUCCCUCCCUCCCUAACCUCCCUCCCUCCCUCCCUCCCUCUGUCCCCGCUAAACAGAGGGAGUUUGUAUAUGUUAUGUGUGUUUUCUUCCCACCUCAGCACUAAGUUCUGAUGUCAUGAUGUUGAUGGUGGGAUUGUAGGAAGUAAGGCAGUAAUGAUGUAAAUGAAGUAAAAUAAUCUUUAACAUUGCUGUUUAUUUGUAGAGCUUUAAGUUAACGUUAUACAGUACGGGCUUCAUAAUCAGAGAACCACGUUCUGUCAACAUUAUCAACAUGUCAACAAUGGAUAUAAAAUGCUAUGAGGCUGUCUGUGGAGAACAGUUUAUUUGUCCUGUUUCUUUGCCAUAUCUGAUUGGUGAGUGCCAGACAUGUUUGGGAUGACAAACAACGAAAUAGGAGUUGGCUAAUGAAGUACAAACAAACAGAUCUGUGCUAACAGUCACUAACAGUUUAACAGUUGCUAAGAAGUUACCUGCUGCUAACAGUUUACUUGUUGUGUUGCUGGAGAUGGUAUGAGAUUCUAACAAGUGGUGAGAUUGUAGGAACACCCUACCAUGCUGUGUUUCUAGAGGUGUGAUGCUAAUAGCGUGGGUCUGGAACUCCGCUAUGUAGUGUUUACAGAGUGACUACACUGUGAACCACAAACCAUUACAACAGGAGAGGAGAGGAGGAGGAGGAGGAGGAGAGGGAGAGGAGGGGAAGUAAGAGGGUAGUGUGAGGUUGAAGGUAGGAGUGAGAUGUUUUAGAAAUAACCACAACAACAGGAGGGGAGGAGAGCAGGAAUGAGAAUAUACAGUGCUGAGAUUCACUGCUUGUUUUGUGUCUUUGGAAUGAAGAAAAACAAACCAAAAUGCUAAACAUCAUAACAUAUUUAAAAGGCAGUGGUUAUCAUAGAACUGUUCUCUCUCUCUCUCUCUCUCUCUCUCUCUCUCUCUCUCUCUCUUCUCUCUCUAUCUAUGCGCUCUAUGCUCUCUCUCUCUCUAUAGCUCUCUCAUCUCUCUCUCUCUCUCCUCUCUCUCUCUCUCUCUCUCUCUCUCUCUCUCUCUCUCUCUCUCUCUCUCUCAUUAUUAGAAUGCUGCACAACACAGCACUUGACACAACAGGCUUCGAGCGUCUGAAUUGAUGUUGUUGACGUCCUGGUUAGAACAGCCAUUUCCUAGAGUUUGAAGUAAUGUUUUUUUUUUUUUCAUUUCUGGUUAAAACAGCCAGUUCUGAGAGUCUGAAGUGAUGUGUUGUUGACAUCCUGCUUAGAACAGCCAGUUCUGAGAGUCUGAAGUGAUGUGUCGUUGACAUCCUGCUUAGAACAGCCAGUUCUGAGAGUCUGAAGUGAUGUGUUGUUGACAUCCUGCUUAGAACAGCCAGUUCUGAGAGUCUGAAGUGAUGUGUCGUUGACAUGCUAGAGUUCAGGGUAGUUUGUGGGUUCGAUUCCCACGGGGAGCCAGUAUAAAAAAUAAUAAUGAUGCACUCACUAACUGUAAGUCGCUCUGGAUAAGAGCGUCUGCUAAAUAAUGUAAAUGUACAGUGUGAACAUAAUGCUGCCUUGUGUGUGUGUGUUUGAGAGAGAGAGAGAGAUGAACUGGUGUUUUCAUGUUUUCUGUCUGUUUGCUGUGUGUGAGCCACAUGCCUUAUAAAGCCAAAGAUCCAUUUCCAUUCCACAAUAAAUGUUGAAUCUGAUAAUAUCACGCUCAACAACUGGCCUUGCUGACUUCUCCUAGCGGCCUUUCAAAUUGAGAAUUGGACUCAAGAUGUUCAUAAAAAUCCGAUAUUGGAAUUCAAAUUUGAGAGACAUAGAAAGAGAGAGUGAGAGUGCCUGAGGUUAUAGGUAGGAGUUACACUACAUGACUCCACUGUGAAUCCUUAACCCCUCAAACAACCUGAGGCCAACAUUACUGCGUUAAUAAUGUUGUCUAGCAUGUAGUCGUAAAUAGCUCCAUGCCUGAUUGUCUUACAGUAUCACCAUAAUGUCAACACACCCACUCUGAGAUUACCGUAGAUUCCUAGGCAACGCAAUGAGAAUGACAACAUUAACGUCGUUACUAGCAUAAUGUGAGUGAGUGAUGCACAUAUUUUUUUUUUUACAAAAUAGAUAGGAUGCCUCUGCAAAUGAGUCAACAUCUAUUUUGAGUGGCUUGGUUAGGUAAUGAAGUGCCAUUAUCCUGAAGGCUGUGGUCUGUGGUCUGACCCGUUGGGAGAUGCACCUCAGGUUGUCAGUACUGACUCCACACUAAACCUGACUCACAGACCUUUUCAGCUCUCUGUAGUUCUAGUGAAGUAGAGAUGUUUAGUUAAAAAGGCCCCUUCUGUUGCGCGGUAGGCAGACUAGGCACACUAUUUCUUCUUCAGAGUUCCUCUGUACUGUAUUUCAUAGCAAAUGAAUCAUUAUUUAUAGUGAAGAGACUGGCUGAGGGCAGAAAGAAGCUCUGCUGGCUAAGACCAUUGCUAAGACCAUUGCUAAGAGCAUCAGCAUUUUUUGCUGUUCGCAGCAUGAAAUAACAAUUACAGUGGCUUACCAGGUGAACCCCAUACUUACCCCAUACUGUAGAUACCAGGUGAAACACUGAGUGUGUGGCCCAAAUGGCACCCUAUUCCCCAUAUAGUGCACUAUUUUUGACCAGUAGUGCACUACAUAGGGAAUAGGGUACCAUUUGGGCCACAACCUGCUACUUCAUCACCUGGUAUCUACAGUAUGGGGUAAGUAUGGGGUUCACCUGGUAUCUACAGUAUGGGGUAAGUAUGGGGUUCACCUGGUAUCUACAGUAUGGGGUUCACCUGGUAUCUACAGUAUGGGGUUCACCUGGUAUCUACAGUAUGGGGUAAGUAUGGGGUUCACCUGGUAUCUACAGUAUGGGGUUCACCUGGUAUCUACAGUAUGGGGUUCACCUGGUAUCUACAGUAUGGGGUAAGUAUGGGGUUCACCUGGUAUCUACAGUAUGGGGUUCACCUGGUAUCUACAGUAUGGGGUUCACCUGGUAUCUACAGUAUGGGGUUCACCUGGUAUCUACAGUAUGGGGUAAGUAUGGGGUUCACCUGGUAUCUACAGUAUGGGGUUCACCUGGUAUCUACAGUAUGGGGUUCACCUGGUAUCUACAGUAUGGGGUAAGUAUGGGGUUCACCUGGUAUCUACAGUAUGGGGUUCACCUGGUAUCUACAGUAUGGGGUUCACCUGGUAUCUACAGUAUGGGGUAAGUAUGGGGUUCACCUGGUAUCUACAGUAUGGGGUUCACCUGGUAUCUACAGUAUGGGGUAAGUAUGGGGUUCACCUGGUAUCUACGGUAUGGGGUAAGUAUGGGGUUCACCUGGUAUCUACGGUAUGGGGUAAGUAUGGGGUUCACCUGGUAUUUACAGUAUGGGGUAAAUCCCCUUUAGAUUUGAAUGAAAUCUUCCAUGCAUAUUUGCCCAUUGUAGAAGUGCUGAAAAGUGACUUUUUGGACCUGAAUGCAAAAACAUUCAAGAGAUAAAGGUGCUCAAAGUUGACCCAUUUAGCCUACCCCACCAUACCAUGAGACGUCCAUGUCGUCAUAACUGGAAAAUAUAAAUGGUUGAGAUUGAUAUAAUUAGGGCUCCCGAGUGGCGCAGCGGUCUAAGGCACUGCAUCUCAGUGCUAGAGACGUCACUACAGACCCUGGUUCGAUUCCAGGCUGUAUCACAAUCCGGCCGUGAUUGGGCGGCGCACAAUUGGCCCAGCGUCGGCCGGGUUAGGGGAGGGUUUGGCCGGUGUAGGCCGUCAUUGUAAAUAAGAAUUUGUUCUUAACUGACUUGCCUAGUUAAAUAAAGGUUAAAUAAAAAACACAAAUAAUAAUUUAAAAGCUUACAAACAGUUUGGAUCUAAUGGCAUUAUUUUAUCUAUAAGUACAGAGAUGACAUCGUUGACUUUCCCCCAGAAUUCAACCACCCCCAGGCAUUUCCACAGCACAUGCUGAAAAGUACCAAGGUCCGCUGUGGUGCAGAACUUACAUAAUGGCGAUGGACUAAUACCCAUGUGAUGUCUUUUUUGUGGUGUUCGAUAGGUUCUAUGGCACAUUUUAUUAAUUAAUUAGUUGGUGAUUGGGGUUUCUAGAUGAUAUAUUUUUCCAUGCUGUCUCCCAAUUUAUUUGUCUGUCAGCAAGUGUUAAAUAUUUUUCCCAUACAGUGGAUAGAGUUAAUGGUUUUUGUGCUGCUAGAAUUAAUUGACUAUAGAUGUCAGAAACAACUCCUUUUGAGGGGCGUCUGUCCGUUAGAAGUUUGACCAAUGGGUGUACUGCUAAUUCUGCUCCCCACGGGACCCCAUAGGCUCGCAUGGAUAGGCGGAGCUGAAGUUAAAGACAAAAUAAUGACAUUCAAACACUGGUGGAUUUCCUGGAAAUUGAUGAGUCAUUUCACAUUGAAUAUGUCUUUGAAAGUAUAAAUACCCUUCUUAGACCAAGAAUCUGAUAGAAAUGGUUUCUUACAUGCUAAGAAUGAUUUAUUACUCCAUAUUGGAGAGUAUGAAUGCCAUUUCAGAUUAAUCUCAUAUUAUUCUCUGUAGCUUUCCACACAUUUACUGAGUACGCUAUAAAGGCUCCAAACAAUAAUGCAAAUUUUUUAGGAGUCAAUCCAGAAAAGAAUACAUCUUGUAAUCUAAUUGGAGAAAUUAUUGACUCUUCUACUCUCUGGGUUUAACCAGGUCUUCAGGAAAUUCAUUUGGAAUGAUAGGUGAUCAUAUUUUAGAUUUGGAACUGCAAGUCCACCUGAUGCUUUAGUUCUCCGUAGUGUUGCAUAUUUCAUCUGUGGUCUCUUUCUCCUCCAAAUGAACUUGUUUAUGACAGAGUCAAGUUUAGACCAAUAGUCUAUAGGAGGAGGCAGUUGUAACAUGGAAGUCAUCCAAUUGAUACGAGGGAGGACAUUCAUUUUAAUCAUUGAGAUUCUAGCAUGCAAAGAAGUGGGCAUAGCGGACUAUCUUUUGAAAAAGUCUCUUUCUGACCUCUUCAUCCAUGGGCAAACGUAUGGAAUGUUUUGUUUAAAAUCGAAAGGGAUGCUGUCAGUGUGAUUGAAUUCAAAUGGAUUUACCCCAUUACCUUCAUUCAUAUCCAUAUUUUAAAUCAAACAGGUUUAUGUCCGUCCAUCUUCCUGUGUCUUUCGCUCUUUCCUGCUUUGUCUGCUGUCUCAUUUAUACCACAUAAAAUGACCUUUCACAUGUAACAUGAGAAUAUCUUGGUCUUCCUCUGUCUUUAACAGGUCAGUUUACAUGAUAUCUUCUCCGACUUUACUCUUUGAUAUCUUGGUCUUCCUCUCUAUAUAGGGUGAGAGGAAAAACACUAUGGCAGUAUACAUAUUUACAUCCUGGUCUUCCUCCUCCUCCUCUCUGUCUAUAGGCUGUGAGGAAGAUGAGUAGUGGUGAAGCUCCUCCCACCAUCACCAUGGCUCUGAUCAACCCCCAGACCCCCUCAGCCUCUGCUGACGCCAAACAGCCCUCCACUCAGCAGCUUUCCAUCAGUGUGUGAGUAACACUGGAGUAACACUGGAGUAACAUGGUAGUAACAUAGGAAUAACAUAGGAAUAACAUAUGAGUAACAGCCUCUGCUGACACCAAUCUGUCCUCUACACAGCAGAGAAACAUUGGAGUAACAUUGGAGUAACAUAGUAGUAACUCUAGAGUAAUACAGUAGUAACAUGGUAGUAACAACCUCCGCUGACACCAAGCAGUCCGCCACCCAUGAACUCCGUCAGCGUGUGAGUAACACUGGCGUAACACUGGGGUAACACUGGCGUAACACUGGCGUAACACUGGGGUAACACUGGCGUAACACUGGGGUAACACUGGGGUAACACUGGCGUAACACUGGGGUAACACUGGGGUAACACUGGGGUAACACUUGCGUAACACUGUCGUAACACUGGGGUAACACUGGCGUAACACUGGCGUAACACUGGCGUAACACUGGCGUAACACUGGGGUAACACUCAUAACACUGGGGUAACACUGGGGUAACACUUGCGUAACACUGUCGUAACACUGGGGUAACACUGGGGUAACACUGUCGUAACACUGUCGUAACACUGGCGUAACACUGUCAUAACACUGGGGUAACACUGGCGUAACACUGGGGUAACACUGGGGUAACACUGGGGUAACACUGGCGUAACACUGGCGUUACACUGGGGUAACACUGGGAUAACACUGGCGUAACACUGGGGUAACACUGGCGUAACACUGGCGUAACACUGGGGUAACACUGGCGUAACACUGGGGUGACACUGGCGUAACACUGGGGUAACACUGGCGUAACACUGGCGUAACACUGGGGUAACACUGGGAUAACACUGGGGUAACACUGGGAUAACACUGGCGUAACACUGGGGUAACACUGGCGUAACACUGGCGUAACACUGGGGUAACACUGGGAUAACACUGGGGUAACACUGGCGUAACACUGGGGUAAGACUGGGGUAAUAGAGUAGUAACAUAGUGGUAGCCCUGGUAGUAACACCAGAAUGGUGUAGCAUAACACUGGAGUAACCGUGGUGCAACACUAUUAAUCAUACAUGACUUAGAAAGGUCCCGAGCCACCAUUUUGUAAAACAUGAGCUGAUAUGGAAUUUGUCAUCUAUAUGUGAGUUUGAGGUAACCUAACAUGUAAUCUGUUCUUCAGGUGUGCUGCUCUGUACUCCUACAAGCCCUGUCGUUCUGAGGAACUGGAGCUGAGGAAGGGGGAGAUGGUGGGGGUGUAUGGGAAGUUUAAGGAGGGCUGGCUCCGAGGCCUCUCCCUACGGACGGGAAAAGUGGGCAUCCUGCCCGGCAACUACGUCACACCUGUCCUCAGGUAGGCGGGAGAGCUAUUUCUGCCGGUUUCAAGUGACAAUUGUUAUUCGGAUUGUAAUGUUGUGGUUUUAUAUAAUUAUUGGGAGGAUCAGCCUUUCUGUUAUGUGAUGUGGGUGUCAUCAGUGACUACUCUCUUACAGUGCUUCCAUCUUUUUGACUUUCAUUUGUGUCUUGGACACCUCAUUUAUUGAUUUUGACAGCAAUAUCUAUCUAUUCCCUGCCUGCCACAGAACCUCUGCCACGCUCUUGGAGUCCAAGCCAGUGACGGCAGGCCUUGGUACAGUCCCUGGAAAAAGAACCUCGUCGUCCUCCAAGACCCCAGCGGUGGUCCUAGCUCUCCACAGGGUCAACUCAGAUGAAACUAGCUACUCUACUGGACAACGGGUUCCACAGCAGUCCGCAUCCAUGGCCACGCAGCCUGUGAUGUCAUCAGGCGGCGCCGCGAGACAGUCCCUGCACGGGGUGGGCUCGGAGGGAUGGGACACAGUGAGGAAGGUCUUCCAUCGUUCACACAGAGGUUUGAGUGGAGGAAGUUCGUAACUCUACAAAGUUCAAUUUUCAACUGUUGGAUAGUUCCACAGUUGGUUAUUAUCCUAACAUUAUGCAGUAUUGACCAGUCAGAGAUAGUAAACCUGUAAUCACAAUAUGGAACCCAUAACAGUGCAGUGGAAAUUAGACUGGUUUGAUUUGACAAGGAUCAUUUUGAGUGAUUUCAAAGUCUGUUUCAUGUCCUCUCAGGCUCAUCUCAGCGGGGAAACCACAACCCCCACACCACCAUCUCCUCCAGCUCAGCCUUUCAAUCCCAGACCCAGACCCACAGUCAGAGCUCAUCCCAGAACUCAUCCCAGCGCUGUAACCACUACCCCCACACCACCAGUGCCACCUCAGGCGUUCAGCCCCAUUCUCAGUCCCAUUCUCACAGCCAGAACUUUAGCCACAUCCAGGCCCCUGGCUAUUCCCCUGCUCUGCUCAGGAAGAAACAACACAUUAGCAUCCUUCCCAAUCACAACAGAUCUCUGGCUUGGAUGUCUGAGGGACCGGCGCCCUCUAGUGGUGGUUUUAUGAAGGACAGGGACACUGCUGCCAGAGAGGCGUUUGAUAGGCAGGUGUUGGAGACAAGGCAAGCAGCAUCGAAUGGUCAGCACUCCAUCCACUCCAUCCUAGUGAGACCAGAUGCCCUCAAGGACAACACAGAGAAGGUAACACACACACACCUGCCUUCUAGAUCUUAUUAAGUAGCUUGGUUGGAUAGUUGACUGGCUUCAUGUCUACUUUGACUUCUAUUUCAGUUUUGUCUUUAUUGUGAAAUUCUCUCUUACCAUGAACUCUUUCACAUAGCACAUGCUGACUUCCACUGUAUCCUAUAUCCAGCAUCAAUCAUCUUCGUUCCUGUUCCACUGCUGUAUCAUAAUGUCAACAUUGUGUAUGUGUUGUAUCCCUCAGCCCACCAAGUCAGUGCGGUUCCUGACCCAGCCUGAUUCCCCUCCACCACAGCCCAGGAUCACCUCCCUGCCCUCGGGUAGCCAGCCCCCCUCCAGUGCCCGCCCUGGUCCCCCUCCCCUGGAGGUCUGGGCUCCAUCACUCACCCUGGGGCGAGACGGGCCUGGGAUCAUACUGAAAGAAGGCAAGGCUCCUGUUCUUAGGAAAGGUCUGGAGACAAACCCCUCAGAUGUUCUGACUUCCAAUCAGAAACCUACAUCAUCUUCAUCAUCAUCAUCAUCAGCACCAUCAGCAUCAAUACAGUCCAGCAGCCCUAUCAGGUACAGUGAGUUUUGUUCAAAUUACAGUACACAUCAACGCUACAGGAAAGAGAGAUAGAUAUACCAGUGUUGACAUUGUAAUGGUUAUGGAGGCAGCUGUGAUCUGUGAUGAGAGUAACCAGCACCUCUUCUUUCACAAACUGACCUGCCUAGUGUCUGGCUUCAGGAAGUAGGAUUUCUGUAUUCUGUAUGUGAUGGGGGUCCUCUGUGGCUCGAUUGCAUUGCCAAGGGUCCCCCCAUACGUAAAAUGUAUGCAUGCAUGACUGUAAGUCGCUUUGAAUAAAAGCGUCUGCUAAAUGGCAUAUAUUAUGUUAUGUGUUAGAUAGAAAAUCUCUUUCUCUAUUCCACUCAUCCCCCUCAGACACAGAGUAGCGACGUCCUACCAGGCCCAGAUGGAGUCAGAGAUGAGCCUGAUGCAGGGUGAGCCUGUCCUGCUCCACAGACAUCGGCCCGACGGACGGGUUCUUCUCACCCAGGAGAGCAGUGGCCACACGGGCCUCUUCCAUAGCAGUGUUCUUCAGUUCUUAGAC